AUCACCUUCUGCGGGUGUCAGAGAAGUGAAGCCCACGUCUCUGACAUCAUUGGUCCAACCCAUCGUGUGCCAUCCAAACAUCCUAUUUUUGAAACAGAGGCAAUGCAUUCAACACAUUCCACUCCCCCCUUUCCCCCUUUCCCUCUUCCCCCAUCUCCACCUUGCUCUGACAAGUUCCCAACGCCAGUUCCCUAUCGUCCUCCCUUUUGCCGCACGUAUCGCGCGUAAACUACGCCCGCUUUGGAACCGCUCGCUUCCCACCCCCAGGACCCAGGGCCCAGGGCCGCGUAACGGCCAUCGAGGCUGGAGCGUUUCUGCUCCCCCUGAUACGGGCUAGUUGAACAUCAGGAGGGCCGGGCAAGUGUGGGAAACUAUGGACAAGAUCAAGAGAUCCGUGAAACGCAUAGGCGAUGGGCCCGAUUCAGGCAGUGAUGCCAGUCUUGAGGCCGAUGGAGACGAUACGGAUGGUACAAAGCUAGGCAACCUCAGUGCCCUCAAGGACUUUAUAUCUUUCCUUGCCACGGUCAGCGGUGACAUCUCACACAUUACCGCACCACCUUUCAUCUUAGCGCCAUCUUCCCUCACAGAGUUUCCUGCCUACUGGGCAGAGCGACCGACAUUAUUUACCGCCCCAGCCCAUGAAACUUCGGCCGAGAGACGCAUGCUCUUGGUUUUGAAACUGUACCUUGCCUCCCUCCAAAGGCAGUAUUAUGUCGGCCGCACCGUCAAGGAAGGACUAAAGAAGCCCCUCAAUCCUUUCCUUGGCGAGUUGUUCUUUUGCGAGUUCAGCGACCACGACUUGACCCAGGAGAAAGCCUCGGCAUCGACGGUCAGGGUCAUCAGCGAACAAGUUUCGCAUCACCCGCCCACGACAGCGGCGUAUAUUUCUGCCGACGAUCAUGGUGUCCACGCCGAGGCAUAUUCAACCCAGCACACAACACUGUCCGGCACUUCAGUCAUGAUUCGGCAAUCCGGCCAUGGUGUUUUAAAAGUCGAUAAGUACAAUGAGACUUAUCUUCUGCCUUUGCCGGAUGUCUGUGCUCGAAGUGUGCUCACUGGCGUCCCCUGGCCCGAACUCAAUGACACCUAUAGCAUCAUCAGUUCCAGUGGGUACACGGCCGAGAUGCGGUUCGUCGGAAAGAGGAUGUGGGGGGGACAGCGCAAUUGUUUCGAGGCUUCAAUAUACCGCACGGUCGACUCUCAGAAAAAGCCCAUCUUUACCGCGUCGGGCAGUUGGAGCUCCAAAUUCUCGAUCUUUAACUCGGAAGGGCAGGAGAUCGAUGUUUUCGACCUUGCAGACCCGCAAAAUCAACCUGCGCCCAUGGUAGAGAAGCCAUUGGAGGAGCAAUCACCGUGGGAAUCGAGGCGGGCAUGGUGUCCAACUUUCGACGCCAUUCGACGGACGGAUCACAAUGCUGUCGUGACGGAAAAGUCAAGACUGGAGAAUGCCCAGCGCCAGCUGAGGAAGCUCGAGCAGAAGGACGGCAAGAAAUGGGAAACCAUGUUCUUCACCCGUUGUGAUGGUGUGUCUGUUGAGGAAGAAGUUGUAGAGAGCCUCUUCAACCAACUCGACGAUGACGAGGCUGAUCGGUUACGAGGAACAAACGGCUGUUGGAGAUUUGAUCAGGAGAAGGAGCAGAGGUGGCGGACAGGGCAAGGCAGUUGGAGACCUGAGACACCAUUUGGCUGAGAUAGGCUGGGGUCGGAAGAUAACACCCAAAUUUUACCAUCCCAAUCCGCAGGGAUCGUCUUCGUUGUCUUGGAACCCGCGUGACUGGGUGACUGUACGGAGUGUUAUGGCCGGGAAAAUCCGUCGAUCUGGCGGGCGUGCGCUGAUGGCAAAGGAACAUGAGAGCGAUACAUUCCUGUCUCGCUUGCAGCCGAUUCUGUGCCAGGCGCCGUAUAACGACAUUCAUGACUUUGAUUUCAGACUCAACUGGCUCCUGCCUAGCAGAUUGGCCACGACUUUGGAUAUACCCAGCAGCAAACCGUGGGACAACUGCUAGCUUCGCUGGAUCCUUUCAGUCACAUAGACGGUAUCUCCAGUGCGCAAGAUGGCACCAGAAGGACCUGCAAAGGCAUAUUGACCAAACACAGGCUUAUCUGUGUCGAGGGUCAGAAUCGCCACUCCACCGCAAACAGAAGGUGAAUAGAAACAAAAUACACAUGUACUUACGAG